CAAAAACAGCAAAAAGGCAAUGGCGGCUAUUCCUUAGACAGUCACCGAAUUUAUUAUGAAAAAUUUCGGAAAAAUGUGAUCUACGUGUCGUGUUCAACGAAAAGAAAUUCGAGGUGUCGGGUGAAGGUGGUGGGGCGAUAUUGCUUGCAGGAACAGAGAUGGCACACAGUAUGUGCGCACAAUGGCCAACGAACAAAUGGAGCGACUACUAAGCUCGAUGAGUAAUGAACGGUGGUUAAUAGUGGAGCAAAUAGAGAAGAUUGUCGGCAGGCAGGAAGGAGUAAACAAUCGAGUGUGCCUAAGUAAUGAACGAGACUCGGCAUCAUCUCCACUCGGUCUCGGACUUAUAUGCAGCCGACGAGAUAGAGGUGCUUCUCUUAGAAGAGAUUCGUGACCUGGAACUACCACCUUCUGCGUAUUCUAGACCCGAAGACAUUCAGGAUUUCGAAAUCGCAGGCAGUAGGACAGGGGGGCAAAUUAGCUCCCAACCUUUGGAGCUGGAUUCACCAGGGGUCCAUUCAUGGGAUUCUCAUGCUAAUUAUCAUGGUCAUUACGGCCAUGGCUCUUCCUUUAAACCCUUGGCUUGGCCGCGAGCAAGCCACUUGGUUCUUUAUUGCGAUAUACAGGGACAUCUUAAAACAGCUAUUGGAGUCGUUAGACUCUUGUUACUUAUAUCGUCCGCAGCCUGUUUGGCAACAUUAUGCAGCUCCGGCACUGCCAAGGUCAGCUUAUUUAUGUUGCCUUUAGUCGGGCGGCUGCGUUUCAUGAUCUUUGUAGCCGUUUUCUGUUUUUUGGUCACCGCGUUGCUCCUCUUCCUUGAUAUUUCGCACGUUGUCUAUAUCUUUCCUCUGAAUUGGGCUAAAUUGAAUGCUUGGGUAUUCACUGGUAUAGGCAUAUCUUAUGCCUUGAGUAGUGCGUUGUUAGCAUGGUCUAUAUGGGAAUACCACAGCGGAGGCUGGGUGCCAAAACGUACACGUUCUCAGUUGUCCGCUGCCGCAGCACUCGGUCUGUCGUGUGCUGCUUUAGCAUUCCUACUUUCAUGGAUACACGGUCGCAGCGGCUCUAGUUGUAGGAGUCCAGACAGUCGUAGUCACACGCCGACGCAACUUUACAAACCUGUUGAUAAUUCUUCCUCUUCCGGGGUAAGUGGUUUCUACUAUCCACGACCGCCUACGAACGGAUUUAAAUCGUCGCUGACAAUCAUGUUAUUACAGGUCACCCUCAAAGAGCGUAGCCCGAAGAGGCCCACUUCGUGGGUCGUGAAAAAUCAACAGACAAAGAAACAGAACGCGGACAGUGAUACGAACACAAACAACGGUCAUCAUGGUAACGAUAAUCAUACAAAGUAUAAACAAGGUGUUAAUAGAAAGGAUCAUUGGGCUUCUGCGAGGCAGCAUUUUUUACCUUCCGAGGAGACCGAGGAUGCUCAAAGAGACGACAUGGACAUCGAGAGGAGGAGAAGAAGACGAAGAAGGGACGGUGAUAACAGUUCAACGGGCGACGAGAAUUUAAUAAGCACCAAAACUGAUAGUGGUCACGUCACGGACGAUAAUAAAACUAGACGGGUACCGCGAAAACUGCCACUGCAAUCGGUGGAUCAGUCGCGGCCUUGGCUCGGUACAGAGAACAGGGGCAUGCAAGUUCGAAACAAAAGUUCUCAAAUGCCAGUGAACAGUAACGCACAGGGCUAUUGUGGCGUGAACGAAUCCAGUUCGAUGCAAGUGACUCAAAAUGGUUUUCAUUGGGAGAUGGAGUGCACGUCCAGCAACAGUAUCGAGAAGGCGGAGAUGUCUAUGGCACGCACUGCCAUGUGGUCUGGCCAAUGGCAACCGCCCCCCGACGACGUUCAACCUUGUUCUAGCAAAACCAUUGAUCCUUACAGCUUUGCCUGACUGAAUUCGAGAAUAC